AUGCCCGACAACGAACUCGAGGCUGCCAAGGGGCUCCACGUUGAGGACAUCGACUGCAGCCUUGUGGUGCGCCCAACCAGAACGGCGCUCGAUCUAAGGUUCUUCGGGGAGGUAUCCUACAGCUUCGAGAUAGUGGCGGCACGUCUCGUGAGGCCGCCGAAGCGCCCGCCGGACGCUAGGAGUGGCCGCUGCCGCAACAAAUGUUCACCCGGGAAGGCGUGUCCGUGCAACCAUGACAGUCCCGCGCGAAGCCGAAGGCUUGCGGAGGACGUCGAGCCUCCCGGGAAGACGGAGGUCGCACUUAGUGUGCCUGAGGGGGACGGGGAGGGUCAGGAGGGAGAGGCGGGCGGGGGAGGCGAGGGCGGCGGCGUGCAUCCGCACCACUCGCUCAACAUGGGCGUUAACGACGUGGCCACGCUGGUGCUGGAGGACAACCAGGGCAUCACUUAUGAUUUUUACACGUUCCAGGUGGUUGAGUUUGACGCGGAUUCUGGGGCGAUGGCCCUGGACAGGUGGAACCUAUUCCACUGCGGGGUGUUUCGUUAUUCGUGCGCCCUGGAGAACAUCAGCAAGGUCGAGAUCACCGAGGGGAACGUGUACAUGAUGUCGGCACACGCCUUCGAGCACCUGCGGCAGACCAAGGAGUUUGGACUGCGGGUGAUCUUCUCCGUGCCCCUUGGCGCUAGCCAGGCGGCCACGGCACAUCCCCGGUCCCCCCGGCCUAAUAACGCCGGCAUGAACUUCUCGGAUCCCGGUGGCAGCAGCCCCAGCAGCGACGGCGAUGGGAUUAGUGCCGUUUCGGGGACCGUCGGUGGUGCGCCGGUGGCCCGUGCAGCCGCUCGGCGUGCAGCGGGGGCCCCGCGACGAAGAAGAUGGGGGGUCUUGUUUCGGAGGCUGCUGCUUUGUGGGAGAGCGGGGUGGUGUUUUGGGGGGCGCGGGUGGUGGAGACGACCAGCGGCGAGGGGCGUUCUCAGCACCUCUGGGGAGUUGAUGUAUCUGAACCUCUUGUUUGGGAAGAAGGAGCUCGACGACCGCAAUCUGCGUAGACCCGUCGAGAUGGUGAACGAACUGCUACUGCGGUUUGCCAACGAUGUGGAGGUGGAUGUAGGCGAGAAGAAGGAGGGGAACUGCUGCGUGUGCUUCCGGCGUCGCUCUCGCGUGGUGACGUUCCCGUGCAUGCACAUGGCCACGUGCCCGCAGUGUUCGGAAAGCCUCACUGUCUGCCCUCUUUGCCGUGCGAACAUCUCGGAGAAGCACACCGUGUUUCUGUAGGACGGCGCUGCGCGCCUGCGACGGACGGGGUGCCACCGCCGUACGUACGUGAGUCGGCAAGGGGGGUCUACUAGAUUAUAGUCCGUCGCGUGUGUGCCCCUCUCUCAUAUGAAACCGCCUGCAAAGUGGAAGAUUCCGAGGUUUUCCUUCAAGGCUUCUGUGUUUUCCUGACGGUCGUGCUGACUCUUGCAGCUGCUGAUCGUUGAUCCGCGAGGGAAGUGUGCAUAUGCUGGUCGAUGAGAAGGGCGUGCGUAGCGGCUUCCAUCCCAAUCGGGAUCGCAGCCGUUUUGUAUGCUGUUUUGGGUGGGCUGGUCUAGCCCCCCCGGAGGUGCCUGGGUGCAUAACACGGCUCC